CUAGGUAUCAAUGGCCAUGUCUCAGUCUGUUGGCAACUUCCAAGGUGUUCCGAACUAUCUGCAUUGCAUUUGUCUGUCAGAUUCAAAAUGAUGACAAGCUAUCGAUUUUUGUUCAUUGCAACUCUGAUACUUAUCGUGGUGGCAGUAUAUCUGAGGGUACAAUCAGACAAGUCCGGUGUUCUAUCAGCCAGUGACCUGGAGGAGUCAUUAAACAAGUUUCAGCAGAACCUUCAGGAAAGCCUCAAAGGGCCGGAAAGGACUGACCUAAAUAAAAUGUCCGAAGUGCCGUUUCAGAAGGGAGAACGAGAAACUACUGAGGAAGUAGUUAUUCUUGACAAAAAAUGCAGCUUGAGAACAUCAUUAGAUUCAGAUAAACUCUACAGGUACAUGGAAAAAGUCACAGCAAAAUGUGAAAUGCCUGUAAUGGUUGGAGGAACAGCAAGGACCAAGGAGCCAUACAUAUGGAACGAGAAGUGGAUGUGCUUGGACGCGAGGUUCAAUAUCCUGCCUGGGAAGUGUCUCGUCUACUCCUUUGGAAUCAGUACCGACUGGUCGUUUGACGAUGACAUGGACAAGCGCUUUAACUGCAAGGUCAAUUGCUUCGAUCAUACUAUAAGCAAGAAAGACCACAAUCGCUCCAGCAACAUCAACUUCUAUGCGACUGGAAUCGCAGCAGUAAAAGGAGCUAAAGUUGACCGGUACAUUAACAUCCUAAGGAGGUUAGGCCACGAGAACGCCACCAUAGACUACCUGAAGAUAGACGUCGAAGGAGCAGAGUUGCAGUUCUUCGAAGACGUGUUCACUAAUACGCCUGAGGUGCUGAACAACAUCAAACAGAUCGGAAUGGAGAUUCACCCUGGGAAAUCUGAAAACAGGAAGAAACUCUACUUAAGAUAUAUCCAACUUCUAGAAUGCCUCGGCUUCAAACUGAUAUUUUCACACAUUCUAAACGUCCCACAAACCCAAUUCCGAGAAAAAGGCGAGGUACGGUCAUGCUGUUACGAGCUGGUGUGGGCUCAGGACAGGCAGUGGUAACGAGCGAUAUUAUUCCAGGGCAGAAGUUCUCAGACUCUAUCAUAAUCUGUGAUUACAAGGAGUUCCAUCCAAACUCUCUCCCCUAAAUAUACUGUAUGUAUAUGGGUGCGUGUAUGUAUGUGUAUGUGCAUGUGUGUGUGAGAGAGCAUACAUACAUACA